AUGCCUUUGAAAGUCCUGAGAAAACCAGACUUGAACAUCAAAGUCGUUCUUAAUGAUAUUUUUUCUGACUUCAAAAAUUCCAAUGAAAAAUGCCGUUUGUGCUUUAAGGAAGUUUUUGAUCAAAAUUCAAGAAUUUACGAGACAACUGACAGGAAAGACGAGAUUAAUUCUAUCUUGCAAGUUUACUUGUCUUUGGAUGAAAGAGGAUCAGAAUUUGUGUGCUCAGAAUGUGAAAACAAAAUAAACAAUUUACAUCAGUUCAAGAGGAAAAUAGAUGAGAACCAUGAAAAUUUUGAGAAGUUUAGCAGCCUGAAAUAUGACAAUGUCAACAACGAUAAUUUCAUCAAAACUGAACCAGAACUGUCUAAAUAUAAGGAAUCUGACUUCAAAAAUUGCAAUGAAGAAUGCAGCUUGUGUUUCAAGGAUGUUUUCUAUCAAAAGUCAAGAAUAUAUUUGACAGAUGACAUAAAAGACAAGAUUUAUUCUAUCUUGCAAAUCAACUUCUCUGUGGGUGGAACAGGAUCAGAAAUUUUGUGCAUAAAAUGUGAGAACGAAAUAAAUAUCUUUCAUCGGUUUAAAGAGAUGAUACAUGAAAAGCAGAAAUAUUUUAAAAUGUUCAGCAUGAAAAAGGAUAAAGCCAACUACUAUGAACUUACGUUGGCAUUAAAUGAACAACUCGUAAAAUCUGAACCGGAGCUGUCUAUAUGCUCGGAGUCUAUUUUCGAUGAAGUUAAAGAAGAUACGUCUGAAUCUGAACAUGAAAAUCAAAAUGAUUCAAUUGAAGAUCAUCUUUUGGAGUCAAACAUCACUGAACGGAAAGUACAGGCAAGUUCUGGAAUUGCUCCUUGCAACGUCUGUGGAAAACAAUUUAAAAGUCGCCACUAUCUCAAGCAACAUUACAUAAGAGUGCAUAUGAAUUUAAGACCUCAUCAAUGUGAUAUAUGUGGUAAAAGAUUCCCACGUCGAUGUGAUGUUGCUACACACAUAAAAACGCAUAGAGAAAGAAAAAAGAAAAAAUACAAUUGCGAUAGAUGUGAACGUUCUUUCUUCAUUAAAGGAGAUUUACGAAAACACGAGUUAAAGUUCCAUAAAGAUGAUAUUAAGCCUCAUCAGUGUAAUAUUUGUGGCAGAAAGUUUCUUGCACGAUGCAGACUUGAUAUGCAUAUGGACACACAUAGAGAAAAUAGAACAAAAGAUCAUCAUUGCGAUAUCUGCAAAACUUAUUACUUUCAUAAGGAAUUAUUACAAACACAUAUAUCAAGAUAUCAUGAGGAUAAACCGUUAUCAUGUACAUCAUGUGGAAAAGGCUUUAAAUUGGAACAAAAGCUGAAAAUUCAUUCCUGUAGUAAUUUAAAGAAAUCAGUACAAUCAACUAAGAAAUAUGAGUGUGAUAUAUGUGGAAGAAUAAUUCGAACUCAAAAAAACUUUUUUUAUCACAUGGACACACACAGGGAAAAUAGAACAAAGGAUCACCUUUGCGUUAUCUGUGAAUGUUCGUUUUUUAAUAGCAUAGGAUUACGAGACCACAUGUUAAAACAUCAUGAAGUUAAACUGUUUUCAUGUUCAUUAUGUAGAAAAACUUUCAAAUUGAAGAGAAAUUUGGAGUCUCAUAUUUGUAGUUAUGUUCAAGAAUUAAAUGAUAGUCAACAAUUCACUCAUUGCCAAGUUUGUGGAAAAAUAUUCAAAAAUGCUUUUAGACUUAAACGCCACCAGAGAGUUCAUGUGAAUUCUAAACUUUAUGAGUGCGAUAUAUGUGGACGGAAAAUUCAAUCUCGAAAAACCUUUUUUUAUCACAUGGAGAUACAUAGAGAAAAAAAACAGAGAAAGUUUUUUAUCAGAAAUUUAAGGUUUAAAAUUCAAAAUCAAAUAAUUUUGAAAGAAUUUCCACUACCUCAACAUGUCUUCAAGUAA